UACGCCUCGUGGGGGACAACAAUUCAACCACGUGGCAUCCUGUAAUGUCGACACGUGGAAGCACAUAUAAAGGGAUCCGAGGCAUCAUUUGCGUUUCUUUGAUGCGAGAAUGCGGAGGCUUUCGUGCUCUGCUUUCUCUGCCUGCUCGCUUCAGUUUCUGCAAAAUCAUAGGAUCUUAAGCAAUGGAUCUCCAAAAUGUCAGAGGAUUAGGGUUUUCUGUCAUUGCAGCGAGUCAUCCUUUCCUGAAAUGUCUCCAGGUCCAUUGUCACUGUAUAGAGCUAUGGUUAAUAAAGGGAAGCUUCAGUAUGAUCGUUACCAAGAGAGGGUAGCUUCUGAAUUAGAGGGACUACUCAUAAAGUUGGGGGAAUAUGAGAAGGAUAUGCAGGAAUAUCAUAUUAAAUUGAGUCAAUGGGAGAAGAGGAGAGAAGAGGAGAGGCAUAGGUUGUUAAUGCAGGAAGCUGAACUUAAGCAACAGGGUGAUUUAUUGCAAACAGUAAAAAGACAUCGGAGUGGGCUGGUUAACAAGUUUAUCUUACGGUCAGUUCCUUUUUUUGGAGAGGGUGCAGAGCCAGGUGUGGGAAAGAUGGUUUCCUACCUGAACCGAGAGAAAAAGCUGGACUCACUUGUUGGCCGCCGUCCUAUUGCACCAGCUGCUCCCAAAGGAUUGUACUUAUAUGGGAGUGUUGGAAGUGGAAAGACAAUGCUAAUGGAUAUGUUUUAUAAUGCCACCAUGGGGAUUGUAAAGCAUCGACGGAGGUUUCACUUCCACGAGGCGAUGCUUGAAAUACACGAGCAGAUGCACAAGCAUUGGAAGAAGCAAGUCAGUGAUAAAUCAUCUUUAUCUGGAGCUUUUAGUUGGAUCGACAGCCUUCCUUUUGAUACAAAAAUCAAAGAGUGGUUAGUUGGAGAAGAAACUUAUCAGCAGGAGGCACACUCCAAUUAUAUACUUCCAGCUGUAGCGGAUAGGUUUCUUGUUGAUCGGAAUGCUGGUCAAGGAGGAGCGAGCAUUCUUUGCUUCGACGAGAUUCAGACCGUUGAUGUGUUUGCGGUUGUUGCCUUGUCUGGAAUAGUAAGCAGAUUGCUCAGUACUGGGACUGUCCUUGUGGCCACCAGCAAUAGAGCACCCACGGAUCUCAAUCAGGAUGGCAUGCAGAAGGAGAUAUUCUUAAGAUUUGUUGCAGAACUGGAGGACCAUUGUAGGAAUAUUUUGGUUGGAAGUGAGAUUGAUUAUCGUCGUCUUUUAGCAAGCAAAACCUGUGAUAAGGAGCAUUACUUUUGGCCUCUAGAUCGCCACUCAUAUGAUGAAUUCGAAAGAAUGUGGCACAAUGUUACCAUGCAAUACGGAGGAAGAAUAACCUCAACUAGUAUUCCUAUAAUGUUUGGAAGAACACUGGAGGUUCCUGAGAGCUGUAAUGGGGUUUCACGAUUCACAUUUGAUUAUCUUUGCGGUCGUCCGGUGGGAGCAGCAGAUUAUAUUGCAAUAGCUAAUAAUUUUCACACAGUUUUUAUUUCAGACAUUCCUAUGAUGAGUAUGCGCAUACGUGAUAAGGCAAGGAGAUUUAUCACCCUUGUUGAUGAGCUAUACAAUCAUCACUGCUGCCUUUUCUGUUCUGCUGCUGCUUCUGUUGAUGAUCUAUUUCAAGGGAAAGAUGAGGGUACACUAUUUGACCUGGAAAGUUUCCAGUUUGAAACAGAGACAGAAGGCGGGAAGCUCCGCCGAGAUGUGCUCUUGGCAGGCAAUGUAGGCGAGAAUGCGGUAACACCAAACAAAAUAGUAUCCCUCCUGUCUGGUCAGGAAGAGAUGUUUGCCUUCCGCCGAGCGGUAUCCCGGUUGAUUGAAAUGCAGACACCCUUUUAUCUCUAUGGGGUCAGGUAUCACUCGUACUUUCAAAGGCAUCAGGGAGCUAUAUAAAUCCGCACUUCAAUAUCUAAUUAUUUCCUUGACUUAUGAUAUAGAAAACUUUUUCGUUUUCAUCUGUUAUUUUCUUAUAUCAAAUAUUAAUUUAAUAAUUCAGACCAUUUUUUGAAGGGAAAUUUAGAGUGCUCUGUGUUCAAGCCAAUGUUUGUAUCAGCAUUAUGUAUUUCAAGGCAAUAAAUAGCUAUAGCUCUAUUCUGUUGCA